AUGGUUUUAUCUACUUUUGAUCCUCUAACUAAUGCUAUAACAGAAGAUCCAGAAUUUACUGAUAUUAUUGAAAAUAUAACAGUGCCAGCAGGUAGAAAUGUUAAAUUGGCAUGUUCUGUCAAAAAUUUAGGAACAUAUAAGGUGGCGUGGAUGCAUUUUGAACAAUCAGCAAUAUUAACAGUACACAAUCACGUAAUAACACGUAAUCCAAGAAUUAGUGUUACACAUGAUAAACAUGAUAAACAUCGUACAUGGUUCCUGCAUAUCAAUAAUGUCCAAGAAGAGGAUGAAGGUCGUUAUAUGUGCCAAAUAAAUACAAUAACAGCAAAAACUCAAUUUGGAUUUGUUCGUGUUGUUGUUCCUCCAAAUAUUGAUGAUGCCUUAACAUCAACUGAUAUAAUAGCACAUGAAGGUGAAAAUGUUACAAUGAGAUGUCAUGCAACAGGAAGUCCUGAACCAUCAAUAAAAUGGAAACGUGAUGAUGGUAGAAAAAUUAAAAUUUCAAAAGAUAAAGAAGUAUCAGAAUGGGAAGGUGAAGUAUUGGAUUUAGAAAAAAUAUCCCGUUUAGAUAUGGGUGCAUAUUUAUGUAUAGCAACAAAUGGUAUACCACCAAGUGUUUCUAAAAUGAUUAAAGUUAAUGUUGAUUUUUCACCAGUUGUAUGGGUACCACAUCAAUUAGUUGGUGUUGCAAUUGAUUAUAAUGUUACAUUAGAAUGUAAUAUUGAAGCAAAUCCAACAUCAUUAAAUUAUUGGACACGAGAGAAUGGUCAAAUGAUUACAGAUUCCAUUAAAUACAAAACGGAAACAAUACAAGGUAAUCCAUCAUAUAAGGCAACAAUGAGACUGCAUAUAACAAGUGCACAAAAAGAUGAUUUUGGAAUUUAUAAUUGUGUUGCAAAAAAUCCUCGUGGUCAUAUGGAUGGAAGCAUAAAACUUUAUAGUAAAGAGCCACCUACAACGAUACCUCCGCCAACUACAACUACAAUAGCAACAGAACCAACAACAAUUAAAUAUUAUGGUUUCACAACUGUCAUAGCAUUUAAUAAUUGGUUGAUUGAUAGUAAAAACAAUUUAGAAAAAGGAACAAAACAUUUACCAUCAUCAUUAAACGAAAUUGAUAAAUCAGAACAAAAAUCACCUGGUGGUGAAAAAUCAAAAGGAUAUACAGAUUUUUCACAAGAAGAUAUCGCUAAUAAUUUAAGUCUGCAUUAUUUAUUAAAAUAUUUUAUAAUAGUUUAUUUAUUUUAUAGAAUUUUUUUCAAAUAUGAGUUACAAGUUCAAUCAACACUUUGA